AUGCCCCGCAGUAGCUUCUCACAUACUCCCCUCUUGCGAGUAUCGAGGCCGGUGUCAGCCUGCUCAAGAUGUCGAGCUGCAAAGGUCAAGUGCGAUGGAAAGCUCCCUGCUUGCACGGCCUGUGAAAAGGCCGGCCGUGAGAAUGCCUGCUCUGCGGCCAACGACCAGUUUGCGCGAGGCAAGGAGCGAAGCUAUGUCGCUGCUCUUGAGCUUCGCAUAGAGAAGCUGGAGAGGCGCAUCGCAUAUGCCAAGUCUCGGAAAGCUUCUGUGGCUCUCCAUGAGUCCGACUCAUUGGCCGUCGCCCAUGUAGACAGAAAAGAUUCCCUGGCGUCCAUUCGGGCAGCCAUUCACCGCAAAGCCGCCAGGACUCGUGAGAAUUCAGACGUCAACUCUUUGAUAUCUGACUUUGGUUUCUUAUCGGUCAACGCAACGACUCGAGAUUUCGAGCCAUCCAUGAUCAACAUGACCUUUGCGCGCCUCGUCUUGGCCGCUGCGACCAAGGAUGCUGUCCCAGUCUUGACCGACUCGCCGUUGCCACAGAAGCACUAUGCAACUGAAAUCUUCCAUCACUUUAUGAAGAACAUGUACCCCCUCUUGCCAUGCUUUUCAGAAACUGCAGCUCUAAACGUCCUGAAUGACAUCUACAAUCAGCAAGCCGAGCACGUCAUCAGCGCAUCCGACCAUUGGCUGCUGUUCUUGAUCCUUGCCAUUGGAUCUACCAUGCAGAGCCAAAACGUCAAUGACGAGUAUUAUAAUCUCGGAGUUCAGUUUGUGUCCAAGGCGUUGGAUUAUGCGGACAUUGCGCUGGCGCCUGGAUAUGCCACCCAGAUUCAGUCGUUGCUCCUCCUUACACAAUACGCCAUACUAGAUCCCAACCACUUCGACAGCUGGCUUCUCAUUGGUUUCACCACGCGCGCUGUCGUUGAUCUUGGAUUUCAUCAAGAUCCCCCCUUGUCUUCAGUUGUAGAUCGGGCUACCUUGGAUAUGCGCCGCAAGAUUUUCUAUUGCGCAUAUGCUCUUGACCGAUCAAUAAGCAUGGUUCACGCUCGAUCGUUCUCCUUCACUGAUGAUGCGAUUCAUGUCGCGUUCCCAAAUGCAGCAGACCUUGAUCGCAAAGGCAAAGAUCUCGAGAAUGCCUCCAUCUUGGGCCCACAAUCUGUAGAUCCCGGUCUACUUCUUUUCCAGCUCAGGAGAGCGCAGUCUUAUUGGUACCAAGAGCUGUAUCAAUCAUAUUCGGCUCCUCUGCCAGACCCGUCGUCCUUUGUGUGGCAGAUAUGCCUGGACAUGCGAGAAUGGGGCGAAUCGCUGCCAAGCAGUCUCCCCGCCGGAAUACGACAAAUGUUUGAGCAGGAAUUGAGAUACAGUUAUGUCUACUGCAUCGCACCUUCGGCAAGGGCCCCUCAAAUUACCGACUACCACCGAAUCCUCAUAUUCGAGCACUCCUUGGCCUACCUCCUCGCUAUGCAGGAGAUUGCCUCCGCCGGGCUUAACGGCGCAUUCUACAAUUACCACGAUGCUUUGAAAGUGUAUUUCAUGGCGAACCAGUUCCUUGCCGUACUAACAGACUCUGAGGAUAUGCUGCUAUCCGGUGCGCAGAUGCAAAUACCCAUCUCUCGCCCCGGUGCGCCACCAGCGCCUCCGAUCCCACGACCUCAACUACGAAAUGGAAGACCCGUUGAGGAUAACAUCAGUAGAAGCAUACGCUGUCUGGAAAGCAUCCCCCAGACUCUGGAAGUAUAUGGUCGGCGGUGGGAGGACUCGGCCAUGUUGAAGCAGAGCUUGGAGCGAACCUUGGCAGAUACCAUGGGGCGGCUAAGGGAACGCAAGAAGGUACAGGGCAUCAAGAUGGAACAGCCUACUUAUCCAGGUAGCUCCCCGUCAGCUACUACUUCGCCUCGGGGACCAGCUAUCGCACGCACCCCGCCACAGCCUAGGGAGAUUCGCUGGGUGGGAGUUGACGUCUCGCAGAUGAUGCAUAACCGUGCCCAUCAGCAAUGA